AUGAGUGGCGAGGACACGAGGGCGCUCCCCACCGCACCGGCCGCCGUUGAUGAUCAGGCGGUGCAGGGGUCGCAUCCCCAUGCACAACCACCACCACCAAUCGCUGCGGAGGAUGUCUCCAUGCACGCUGAUGAUGGUGGCGACGAGACUGAGGACGAGGGCCGUGGAGAAGGGAUGGAUGUCGACGAUGUCUACGCACCUACAGUCCCUGUGGCCGACGUCUCGCGCGAAACCUCGACAGCGCACGGUGGCCCCUUGCCAGCAGCCAUCUUGUCAACGCCCCCAGCGCCCCCACGUCGAACAUCGCCUCCUGGCUCUGGUCCGUCCGAAGAAGCAGCGGCGCUGCUGCUUAACUUCUCGGCCGUCGCAGACCACCCUCUCCCACCAAUCGCCGAACACUCUUCCUACCCUCACACCCCUCCGCAAGAUUCGCCAAACUCUGUCGUUCGUGCCGGCACCGCAUCAUUACCGCCCCAGGUCCCCUCGUCCCCUUCCGGUCUUCCUACUCCGACUGCUCCCAGUCCAGACGCUCCCGCGAAGCCAGCAGCCAAGCCCAAGCGCAAGCGCAAUGCUGUAGCUGGGCCCUCGCGGCACACGUCGACAGAGGACCCCGCUGCCAACGAACGUCCACCGCAUUGGAUGGGCGCCGACAAUACCGUCAUUCGUUGCAUCUGUGGCCUCACUGAAGACGACGGAUUCACUGUCCUCUGUGAGCGCUGCAAUGCUUGGGAGCACGCGCUGUGCUUUGGCUUCCGCGACGACGCGUUGCUACCAGAGGUCUUUCUGUGCGAGCUGUGCAAUCCCCGACCGCUGCCCUUUAGCGCUGAAAUGGCACGAUCACUGCAACUGCAGGCCCGCGCGUCAUAUGAAGCCCGCCGAGGUGUGGUGGUGAGGCCUGUUGAGGAGGUCGUGGUCGAGCAGAAGAAGUCACGACCAAAAACCAAGCGACCACGAACAGAGAGUAUCCGCCGAGAACCAGAACCCACUCCUGUCGAGUCUGGCGAAGAACCUCUCAAGGACCCCACAGGGAUGGCACCGCCGUUGACAAAACCCAAGCGACGCAGCCAGACGGGCAAACCUCGUUCCAAGACAAACGACUCUUCCUCGUAUCCCAACUUGAUAUCGGGCCAGGAAGAUGAGGACUAUUUCCGCAUCCUGCCUUGGGAGCUAGAGUACACACCUCUCAAGGACAAUGUCAUUCGAGGACGUGCCACUCGCCACGCCAUGACUCAGCUGUACCACGAAUGGGUGGAAGAGGACGAGACUGCACCACCUCGCAAGUCCGCCCCGCGUCCAGCCUACCACGAUUCAGGUUUACCUUCCCCCACCGACACUGGUCUCCGCCUCUCUCCCGACCCCACUCUCAUGUCUCCCCCCGACUUUUCGGCUCUCGCUCCGCCAGUCCCUCCCGUCUUUAUCAACGGCAACGACCUGUCCGCUCUUGAGGCGCCUACGACUAUCCGUCCCAUUGAAGAGUCGGCCUGCUACUUGCCACUAAAGUACAUUGAGCCAAGCUCUGGGGUCUACCCGCGCCCCACCAUUUAUGGUGUCUUUGCCAUCGACCAGAUUGCCGCGGGUGGAUUCAUCGGCGAGUACCGUGGAGAGGUUCUCGACGCUGCGUCGUACCGCAAGGACCCUAUCAAUCAGUACGCUGCGCUUGGUGUGCCCAAGCCCUACGUGCACUCGAUCGGACCUCCUGUCAACCUCAUUCUUGAUGCUCGCUCGUACGGCUGCGAGAUGCGCUUUGUUCGUAAUGGUUGCCACCCCAACGCCGUCAUCCGCCCCCUUUUCUUCCGCGCCGACGACUCUUCGUGUGCCAAACUUCGCUUUGGAAUCUUUGCGUCGCGUGACCUGGCCAAGAAUGAAGAGGUUGUACUGGGCUGGGAGUGGGAUGACCAGCAUGUCGUUCACACGUUGCGUACCAUCAUCGACUUGACGCUUAAGAGCUCUGCCGGCCAGCCCGUCAUUCCGCCCGAGACCGUCGAGCUCCUCACUACCAAGUUUGACUCGAUCCUCACCAACAUUUUCGGCACCUUCCAGUCGUGCGCCUGUACUGUCACUAUGGACUGCGCUUUCUCGCAGAUGCGCCGUCUCGUGGCAGGCCAAGCCUUCCACGGCGUCUCUGGCCAGCGUGCACGCAAGCCUAUCGACAUUGGCGAGCUCAUUGGCGCUGUCCGCGGCUGGCGUCGUCGUGAGCUCGAGGAGGCUGCCGCCGCCAAGGCCCGCCGUUAUCGCUCGUCUGGCGAGUGGGAAGUCUGGCGCGCUGGUCCCAGCAAAGACCUCGAGGAGGCAUCGCGUGCUCAGUCUGAGAACGCUGGGUCAGAAGAUGACGAGGACGAGCAAGAGGAAGAUGAGGACGAGCAGGACGACGAGGAGCCCGCGGAUGAGGCCAUUGAGGUGGACGAGCCUGAGAUUCCAGAGGUGAAGCCUCUCGUGGAGCCCGAGCCCGAGCCUGUCGCUCAGCCUGUGCACGAGGUUGUGGAGGAGCCUACUGAGCCUCCCAAGCCUGUCGCCACGCCUGCUGAGGAGCCUGCCGUCGAAGUACCCGCAGCUGGUCCUGAACCCGAACCAGUCAAGGCUGUUGAGGCACCCGCCACUCCCGAGGCCGUCUCCGAGCCCAUCGCGGCGCCCAUUGUCGAGCCCGUUCCGGAACCCGUCGACCCCGUCGAUCCCGACGAAACCGACGACGAGUCUCCCCCUAUGGAGAUAGUCGAGGCCAUGCAAGUCGAAGAAGCCCCGUUCAAGUUUGAACCCGCCGCCGAACCCGAGGCUGCUCCUGAACCUCAACCGGUCAAGCCCGACACUGUUGCUGCCGCCGAGGAGCCCGUCAAGGCCGAGCCCGCCAUCGAGGAGGCCGCUCAAGACGAGGAUGUCGUGAUGGAGGAGACCAAGGAGACUGCUACAGCCGUGUCCCUUGCUCCUUCAUCUUCUGCCCUCUCGUCCAUCGACCUCCCCAGCGAUGACAAGGUUGUCCCUCUUGCCACUGCAACUCCUGUUGAGGAGGAGGGCGAAGACGAAAUCGGCUCUGGAAACGAGUCGGACGCUACGACAGUCACCAUCGUCCGCUCCCAGUCUGAGGCCGAGUCCGAGGCCGAUGCUGCUGAAGAGGAUGUUCGUCCCCCGGCCGCCGUCCGCCGUGGUCGCCGCGUGCUGUCACCCACUGCCGAAUCGUCCAGUCACGGCGCUAGCUCGUCGCGUUCCGACAAACCAGUCACCGAGAAGCCUGCCGUCCCCGUCGAGGUGCCUGAGAAGCCCAAGUCUCGUGCCCGCCUCGUUCCCACCGGCAAGGUUGUCAGUAAGGCCGUGCCCCGGUCCGUCGCGCGUGUCACUGCUGCCAAGGACCGCAAGCGUCCACGUCCCCGCAAGAAUGUCAUUGCAUCCAGCGAUGAAGACGACUCAGAUGGAGCAACGGCGGACUCGUCCGUCCGCAGCCCCAAGCGCCCCGCUCGGCCUCCCCCAAAGAAGGUCGCCAAGCCGUCAUCGUCGUCCAAGAAGCGUAAAGUGGAAGUGGACGACGACGACGACGAUGACGACGUGGACGCCGAAGAGGAGGUGGUUACGCCUGCACCCAAGGCUGCUCGCAAAAGUGAUCGCAAGCCAGAGUCCAAGGACAAAGACACCAAGCCCGAUCCCAAGAGCGAGUCGUCUUCCAAGCCCGACAAAGCCGAGUCAACACGUAAGGCCGACAAGAGCGAGCGCGGUGCCGACAAGGACAAGCCUGCCAAGGACGCUGUCAAGGACACCACCAAGGACUCUGUCAAAGACAAGCGCGACAAGGACCGGGUUGCCGACAAGCAGCACAACAAGGCGGAGAAGCUUCAUGAUAUGCCAAGCAAACGCGACAAGACGGACAAGCAUGACAGGCACGACAAGAAGAAGGGCAAGGUCGACAGGAAGGACAAGACGGAAAGGGCCCAGGUGGUCGACAACUCUGCGGCCGACAAGUCUAUCGACAAGCCUACCGAAAAGGCAACCGGCAAGCCUGCCGACAAGACCACCACGGUCCAGCCUGAUACCUCUGUCGAAGAGCCUGCUCCCAAACCCACCAAGUUGACCAAAGCUACCCCCAAGCCCACCGAGAAGCCUGUGGCCAAGGUCGACGAAGCGAUGGAUGUCGACGAGAGUCCUGCCGAUGCACCUGCUCCUCCUGCCAAGGAGAAGACUCCUGAGCCCAAAGAGCCUACACCUCCCCCCAAGGAGGCUACCCCUCCGCCAAAGGAGGCCACUCCGCCUGCCAAGGAGCCGACCCCACCGCCAAAGGAGCCGACUCCACCACCAAAGGAACCCACCCCGCCUCCGAAGGAGCCCACGCCCCCGCCCAAGGAGCCCCCGCCCCCGCCCAAGGAACCCACGCCUCCUCCGCCCAAGAAGGUAUCGAUGAAGGAAUACCUUGCCAGCCAUAAGAUUCGCAAGGUAUCUCACCCCAUCGCGCCUCCCGAGGACCCCGUGGUCGAGUCGCCUAUUGAGAUGGUCAAGGAAAAGGACAAGGAGCCCGAGAGGCCAACAGAGGAGGUGCCAGUCAAGGCCAAGGUCGAGACUGCCGACGUCACACCGGCCCCUCCCUCCGUGUCGACCCACCCAUCGCGCCUCAACCUCUUUGAGCACCUCCCCUCGGCUCGUGCUGGUUCCACCACUGUCACGCCGCUCGGCACCCCCUUCACCCCGACCGCACCAACUCCUGCGUCCGAGGUCCCAACCCCUUCGGCGGCCUAUGUCCCGCGCACCGACUACUUCCCCAACCAGUCGGUCCCGCUGCCUGCACCCUCGUUUGCGCCCCGUCCCAGCCCCAGCUACGUCCCGCGCACGCUCCACGACGAGUCUCCCAGCUCGGCCGGCGGCGGCCCUCCCCACCCAUCGCCGUCGUACGUGCCCCGUCAGUCCGACAACGACGUCGCGGUGAGCCCGCUGGCGAUCCGCCCCCCACUGCCAGCACAGACCCCGCCCCGCCCAUCCAUGCCUCUGCCAGACAUGCCCCCGGCCAUUGGAUCUCGUGACGGCCCUCCCCACCACACACCCAGCUAUGGCCCUCGCGCACCGCCUACCGGCCCUCGUAUCCCACCGACAGGCCCACGGGGCAGCUGGGGCGGUCCCGGCGCUGGCCCAGUUUCCGGUGCGAACGCGUCUGGCGGGCCUGUGUCCCCCGUCGCUCCCCUUCGUGGUGGACCACCAUACCCUCCGCGCGGCGGCGGUUUUGGCAUGCGCGGCGGCUUUGGCGACCGCGGUGGAGGCCCACCUUGGCGCGGUCGCGGCGGGUUCCGCGGUCGAGGCCGGGGUAUGUGA